UCGGCCCUUCAGUCGUAUUUGGAGGGCGUGGAUCUCGGGCUCUCUCAGCUGCGAGUGGCGCACGCCGAGGUCCAUGGGGUCCAGGAGGCGAUGGGGGAGGUCCAGGAGAUGUGGAGGGCCAGUGAGGGGCCCCUCAGUCACCUGCAGGCCAUUCAGCACCUGGUGAUGGAGCACGUCCAGCUGUCCGUGGUCAUCCGCAGCUUGCCGCAUGUCUACGCAGUACCGGCGCUGAUCCGUCAGACCAGGGAACUCAUUGAGAAGCAGGUUCUAUUGGAGGCCCACGUCCACCUCCGGCACCUGGAAAGCCUGCGCGAUGACGUGCUGUAUCGGCUGCAGAAGGCCGGGCCUUGGCUCAGCACCGGGAGGGACGACCAGAACCACAGAGAAGCUUUGGAUCUGGUCAGAGAGUUCUUUGCUGCUGUUCAGGACCUGAGCCAGGAAUUGGGUCAUACUCUUUUCUCAUUGGCUCACUCGGCUCUGGCUGUGGCGCGCCGCGACCCCUCAGUCCUGGUCUCUGCCAUCCGGAUCAUUGAGCGAGAGGAAGUUCUGGAUGUGGAGGAGUCCCGGGGUCCUCCGCAGCUCUUGUGGAGACCUCCUGGGCGGCCCAAGCGGUGGCGGGAGAAGUUCUUCCGGGCCGUGGAGACGGGCGUCUGCCAGAGACUGAUGACCCCCGCCGUGGAGUCCCAGGAACUCCAUCCCACCGACCUCGGCAGACACCUGAAGGAGGUUCAGUGCCGGACGGUGGAGGAGCUUCUGGCUGUCUCGGCAGUACUGGUGCCGUGUCUACCUCCGCACUACGACCUGUGCCGCAACGCCGGGAACAUGUGUCACCAAAUCAUCUCCCGGCACCUGCGGGAACUCCUCCACCGCGACCUUGAGGAGCUGAUGGCACACCCGGACCUGUCCCCGGAGAUCGAUGUCUCUGAUUUGGGUCCCCUCGUCCCCACGGAAGUCAUGGAUGAGCAGAUGAACCGUUAUACACGCAGCGUACGGGCCUGUCUGAGCCAAUGGAUACACAAGGCGCUGGAAGUGGAAUACUCUGAUUGGCUGAGAGAUCAGGAGCCAGAGAAGGAUCAGGACGGCUUGUACCUGUCUAGUGUGCCGCACAUCGUCAUGCAGAUGCUGAUGGAGAACGUGCGUUUGGCGUCCGUCCUGGGUGAGAGUCUGGAGACGCGUGUACGGAGCGCGGCGCUCUGCGAGAUGGAGAAUUGUUUGGUCUGGUUACGGGAGACGCUGGUGAAAUACGGGAUAGAACAUAUGAAGGACCGAACCUUUCCCCCACAUUAUAUCCCCUACUUGCUGGCCGUCAUAAACGCAUGCUCCGCCCUCAG